AUGCUAUUCAUUCCGUAUGCACUGGCCCUGGGCAUAGGCUACAUCACAUCGCUCGUUGUAUAUCGACUUUGCUUCCAUCCUCUUGCCCGCAUUCCUGGCCCGCCUCUGGCCAGAGUGACGUACCUGUUUGAGUGGUACUACGACCUUGUACUCAGCGGCAACUUCAGGUACCAGCUCAAGUCUUUGCAUGAGAGAUAUGGUCCAAUUAUCCGCAUCAAUCCCGAUCAAGUCCAUGUCAACGACCCUCAGUGUUACGACGAGAUCUAUAACCAAACCAACGGGCGCAAUGUGAAGCCGCAGAACUACGCCGAGGUCUUUGGACCGUACCCGGCUACGAUAGGAACCCAGUCUCACGAGCUUCACCGUAUCCGUCGCAGCGCCGUCAAUCAGUUCUUUUCUAAGAAGUCUGUGAUUGAUUUACUGCCAGUUAUGCUACGGCCGAUCCAUAUCCUCCGCGGGCGUCUUCGCGAGGCCAGCAAGACGGGGCAAACAUUGAAUAUGAAGUACAUGUAUUCGGCUGUGACGCUGGAUAUCAUCAACGACUACUGUUUCGCGAGGGAACCGUUCUAUAUCCAUAAGCCGGACUUUGGCCGGAAGUGCUUCGAUGAUGUGGACAGUUUUCUGACCGUUAGCAUACUGAAUAUCCACAUGCCAUGGCUUAUGCGGCUCACGUACUCGCUGCCUGAUCGCGUGAAUAAGAUACUGGCACCUGCGAUGGCGGAUAUUCUUGAUUUUCGUCGUGAUCUCUCUCGCCAAGUCGAAGCUAUCAGACUCGGCGAAGACAAGUCGUACGAGCAAGCAGACCACCGCACCGUCUUCCACGAGCUGCUCGAAAGUGACCUCCCACCACUUGAACUAGAAAGGGACCGCGUGCGAGACGAGGCGUUCCAGCUUGUAACUGCUGGCUCCGGAACAACCGCAACCGUUCUUCGCAACACGGCCUACCACAUCGCCGCCAACGAGUCUGUCAGGCAGCGUCUCCAUGCCGAACUCGUAUCCGCAAUCCCAGACCCUAACAAUCUACCGUCUUUGAUAGCACUCGAGCAGCUUCCCUACCUGGCCGCUGUCAUAAACGAAGGUCUUCGGCUUUGUGCUCCAGUGAUCCACCGCAUGACGCGCCAAUACCCUGAUAAAACAUUCAAUAUACACGGAUACACUCUUCCACCGAAUACCAAGAUCUCAGUUACCCUCCCAUUAAUUCUCGAGAAUGAGGAUAUCUUCCCCGAACCGUAUACGUUCCGGCCUGAGCGGUGGCUGGACCAGAACCAGGAUCCCGAGAAUAGAUUGGAGAAGUAUUUAGUGACAUUCAACCGUGGUCCACGCAUGUGUCUGGGUAUUAACCUUGCCCGGGCAGAGCUGGUGCUUAUUCUUGCUGCUGUGUUCAGGGAGUUUACGUUUGAUGUUAGUGAGGUCGUUAGGGAGAGGGACAUCAACUACUCUCAUGAUUUCAUUGUUGGGGCGCCGAGGCGUGAUAGUCCGGGGAUCUUGGUCAAGCUCAAGGCUGUCUAA